ACUGCCAGGCCAUCACCCACCACAGCCCACCACACCAAAACCUCAGAGUCAAGCUCAAUACAGUCUCAGUAAUCAUGGUAUCAUUACUACUAUCUACCCCAUGGACUUGGAGGAGAUGUAUCUCGAUGGCGGUUAUCCCACUCGCUAUUCUGACGAUGGCCAACCGAUCAAACGCUGUUGACCAUUCAAAUAACUGGGCUGUCUUGGUUUGUACCUCCAGGUUUUGGUUCAACUAUCGACACAUUGCUAAUACCUUGGGCAUGUAUCGCUCCGUCAAACGACUCGGGAUUCCAGACUCAAAUAUCAUUCUCAUGCUGGCAGACGAUAUGGCUUGUAAUCCGAGGAACAUGUUUCCAGGAACGGUCUACAGCAAUUCUGAUCGCAAGUUAGACCUCUAUGGGGAUGGGAUCGAAGUGGAUUAUCGAGGAGAAGAAGUAUCGGUGGAAAACUUUAUACGGUUGUUGACUGGCCGAGUGGCUGAAGGAACUCCAAGAUCAAAGAGACUCAUGACCGAUGAACGGUCGAAUAUUCUGGUUUACAUGACCGGUCAUGGUGGAGAUGAAUUCCUCAAAUUUCAAGACGCCGAGGAAAUCAGCGCAUUCGAUCUCGCCGAUGCCUUCCAGACGAUGUGGGCCAAAAAGCGAUACAAUGAACUGCUCUUCAUGAUCGAUACUUGCCAAGCCAACACGAUGACUAGCAAAUUAUACUCUCCCAACAUCGUCGCUACUGGCUCAUCAGCCAAGGGCGAAAACUCAUAUUCGCAUCACGCAGAUUCUGAUAUCGGCGUAGCUGUUGUAGAUCGAUACAGUCACUUUGUUCUAAGCCAUCUGGAAGCCAUGAAUAAAACAUCAUCAUCCACUCUCCAAGACUUUGUGAAUGCAUAUUCCUUCGAUAUCUUCCACUCGACGCCUGCUGCACGCCGAGCGUCCUGA